UGUCAGUCAGAGGAAGGAGUUCCACAGUUGGCUCGCGGCUGUUCCCCAGACUUUAUUUAGCUGGGCGUCUGCGUGUCAGCUUGCUGUAGACUGCGAGAAUAUCUGGAACUUUUGGGUGAAAGAUGUCGGAGAGUAACUUAGCCGCGCGCAGCGACAGAGACAUGGAGCAGGUUUCUGGUGCUGAAGUCAUCGCCCAGGCCCUGAAAACGCAACAUGUGGAGUAUAUGUUUGGCGUCGUGGGUAUCCCAGUGAUCGAAAUCGCCGUUGCGGCCCAGAAGAUGGGCAUCAGAUAUGUCGGGAUGAGGAAUGAGCAAGCGGCUUGUUAUGCUGCUUCUGCAAUUGGAUAUCUGACAGGCAGGCCAGGCGUGUGCCUUGUUGUUUCUGGCCCAGGUCUCAUCCACGCUUUGGGUGGUAUGGCAAAUGCAAACAUGAACUGUUGGCCCGUGGUUGUGAUUGGUGGUUCUUCUGAAAGAAGUCAGGAAACUAUGGGAGCCUUCCAAGAGUUUCCUCAGGUUGAAGCUUGUAGAUUAUAUAGCAAGUUCUCUGCCCGGCCAAGCAGCGUAGAGACUAUUCCCUCUAUUAUUGAGAAGGCAGUGAGAAGCAGUAUUUAUGGUCGUCCAGGUGCUUGUUAUGUUGAUAUACCUGCAGAUUUUGUGAACUUGGAGGUGAAUGUGAAUUCUAUAAAGUUCAUGGAGCGCUGCCUGCCCCCUCCUGUUAGCAUGGCAGAAACCUCUGCUGUAUGUGCGGCGGCAUCGGUUAUUAGAAACGCCAAGAAGCCCCUUCUCAUCAUCGGCAAAGGUGCCGCUUAUGCCCAUGCAGAGGAGCACCUCAGGAGAUUGGUGGAGCAGUGUAAAUUGCCAUUUUUGCCCACCCCCAUGGGAAAGGGGGUCAUCCCUGAUAACCAUCCGAACUGUGUAGCUGCUGCCCGAUCCAGGGCUUUGCAAUUUGCCGAUGUAAUUGUGUUAUUUGGUGCCCGAUUAAAUUGGAUUUUGCAUUUUGGACUGCCUCCAAGAUACCAGCCAGACGUGAAGUUUAUCCAGGUUGAUAUCUGUGCAGAAGAAUUGGGGAAUAAUGUAAAGCCUGCUGUGACUUUGUUAGGAGAUAUAAAUGCUGUCACUAAACAGCUUUUAGAACAAUUUGAUAAAACACCAUGGCAGUAUCCUCCAGAGAACAGCUGGUGGAAAACUCUGAGAGAAAAAAUGAAGAGCAAUGAAGCUGCAUCCAAGGAAUUAGCUUCCCAGAAAUCCCUGCCUAUGAAUUACUACACCGUGUUCUAUCAUGUUCAAGAACAACUACCCAGAGACUGUUUUGUGGUAAGUGAAGGAGCAAAUACUAUGGACAUUGGACGCACUGUGCUUCAAAACUACCUUCCUCGUCACAGGCUUGAUGCUGGUACUUUUGGAACAAUGGGAGUUGGUUUGGGCUUUGCCAUUGCAGCUGCUGUAAUGGCUAAAGAUAGAAGCCCAGGGCAGCGGGUCAUCUGUGUGGAAGGAGACAGUGCAUUUGGGUUUUCUGGCAUGGAAGUGGAAACCAUCUGUAGGUACAACUUGCCCAUCAUACUUCUAGUGGUGAAUAAUAAUGGAAUUUACCAAGGUUUUGAUGCGGAUAGUUGGGAGGAAAUGUUAAAAUCUGGAGAUGCUACUGCCGUGGCCCCUCCAGCCUGUCUUUUGCCAAACUCACAUUAUGAGCAGGUUAUGACUGCGUUUGGAGGCAAAGGGUAUUUCGUACAAACACCAGAGGAGCUCCGGAAAUCACUGAGCGAGAGCUUGGCAGACACAACUAAACCUUCUCUUAUCAAUAUCAUGAUCGAGCCGCAAGCCACGCGGAAGCCCCAGGAUUUUCACUGGCUGACGCGCUCUAAUAUGUAAAGAUGUCUGGAAAUGGUCUUGAGGAGUUUUCUUUCUUGUAAGAUGGAAUUUUAUUUUCCACAGCAAAAUUACUAAAAUAUUAAAAUUAUUAUACAAAGAAAAAUAAAAAAACAUUUCUAAAUGACAUUUUAUAGUAAAGGAAUUGACUAAAAACAGAAAAAGUUACCAGUAUUCUACUACUGAGAUAAACCAUUUACAGAUGAAAGAAGAAAAAGAGUUUUAAUGCAGCUUGUUCUAACCUUAUGAAUUAGGGUUUUGUUUUGUAUUGUUUUGUUUUUCUGGAGAGAACUUACUGAGUUCAUGCCAUACCCGAACUGAUAAUUUCAGGGUAUAUUUAAAUUAGCAACCUUAGUUUAUGUGUACCACAUUGAGACCAACAGAGUUAAUGGUCUUUUAAUAUAUAAAGAACUCUUAUAAAUAAGAAAAAUAUUAACACCUAGUAGAAAAAUGAGCAAAGGGCAUGAAUGUAUAACUGACGGAAAAAAUACAUAAAAUGAGUAUGAAUAAAUGUGAACAAGCAUGAAUAAGUGUGAAUAUACAAGUUAGACAGCAAGCCCCUUAUUUUUGCCUAUCCACUUGGCAAAGCACUUUCAAAAUUAUAAUUCCCAGUCGUGGUGAGGAAAAAAUGAAAUCAGCACUGCUGUGUCGUGGUGGAGGAUGAAGUUGGUACAUUUUCAUAGAGUAAUUCUAGCAGUGCUUGUAUCUGAAAUCUUAAAUAUCUUCAUACUGAGCCUUGGGUGGCUCAGUUGAUUAAGCAUCUGACUCUUGGUUUUGGCUCAAGUCAUGAUCUCAUGGUCUCAUGAGU